AUUUAACAAGCGAAGGAGCGAAUGGCUUCUCAAUUCAACCUCCUCUUUUUCCUUGCCCUUGCCGUGGGAAUCGGUCGAUGGCUAAACAGAUGCAGUUAUGGUUGGCCGCAGCCACCGUGCUUCUGGCCAUUUGCGAUGCUGAAUUAAUAACGAACGCGACUGAGCAGUACCUUCAGGCCCACAACGAGGCCCGGGCGGCUGUGGGUGUGGCCCCUCUGCAGUGGAGCAGGACCCUGGCGUCUAAAGCCUCAACGCUGGCUACGCAUCCUCCGUGCUCAUCGUCUUGCGAUUUAUUCAAAGAGACGGCGUAUUUCAAUUACGGAGUCAAUCAAGCUGUGGCCUACGUGCUCGACUCGCCGGAGACUGUGGUGAAGUCGUGGGUGGAGGAGGGUCGGCGGUGUUAUAACUAUGCAUAUAACAGUUGUGCGGCGCCAGAACAUAAAGCUGACUGCGAGAGUUAUACCCAGGUGGUGUGGAGGAAGACGGUGAAGUUGGGAUGUGGGAAGGGCGGCUGUGGUAAAGAUGGUUCCCACCAUAUUUGCCUUUAUUAUCCUCCUGGUAAUGUUCCUGGCGAGAAACCUUAUUGAUCUAUCACACACGCAACUGGCUUGUGUUCUGUUUUUUUUUUCUUCUUCUAAUUAAGAAGCAUUUGGUUAUCCAGUAAGAAGUGCACCAGUGCACUUGUGUUCCACCGUUUGCUUUUGCUUUUUAUUCCUGCAAUCAAUUUCUCCCACUUUAGCGGUUUGAUUUGUAGUAUUUGUUAUUGUAAUGGAUUGUGAUUUUAUUGAAAUCAAGCAACUCUUAUCAUCA